AUGAAGGCCUCUUUUCUUCUGACCCGAGCCCGCACCGCCAGCGCCCCAACUGCCCCAUUGGACGCAGCGCUUAUUUUAGGACAUGACACUUUCCAACAACUGGAACUUCUGUGUGCCACGCUUUCCAUCUUCAUCACAGUAAGCGACAGUCUCGUUACCGUGGUAUUAAAGCGGCCCAUGGAACACUGGUGCAGGCCACCGUCGGAGCUAGCUUACAUGCCGACCGACGUCUGGAAAAAUCAGAGCAUCCCCGUGAAACCGGACGGCACGUUCAGCAAAUGCACGCGCUACAAGCCUCCACUGGACACGGGAAAUGCGAUGGAGAACCAAACCGUGGUCCUUUGCGACGAGUUGGACUACGCUCUGGUGACCACGGGGAAAUCCAUCGUCAGCGAGUGCAACCUGGUUUGCCACAGACACCGGCUCCUUUUGCUCCGUUGGCUUGUAUACUUCGGAGGAGCCGUCGCCGGGAGCGUGAUCGGGUACUUUAGGGACAGCUUUGGCCGCAAAUCAGUUUUCGUGGUCGCGCUGUUACUGCUAGUCGCCUCUGGCACGGCCAGAAUCUGCUCCAACACGGUGCUCACGUUUAUCAUCUUGCGCUUUCUGACAUCGGUGACAUCCUUGACCCUUAUGAACAUGGCGUCAGUUCUACUGUUCGAAGUGACGGAGACAACGCGUCGCGUCGUUUUCUGCGCCUUUGCCUCCUCGUGCACAUCCGCGGCGCUGACAUUGUUCUAUCUCCUCUUACUGGCGGUAGGUGGGCACUGGAGGGUGAUUCAAGCGAUACUUAUGCUGCCGACAAGCUUCCUGCUGUUCGCUUCCUACGCCAUUGAAGAGUCUCCUUGUUGGCUGCUGGGUUUGGGCGACAUCCAAGGCACCGAGCACGCAGUGCUCUCGGCUGCCAAGGUAAACCGCAACCCCCUAGACGACGUGAAGGCCAAGAUAAAUAACGUCAAGUACGAGAUGUCCCGGAGGGGCAACACGCAAACGAACGUUCAACAACCGAGCCCCUUAGACCUUGUCCUGAACAGCUCUCUGCAUUUCCGAUCCGUCACCAUUUUUUCGAGUGCAUUCAUGACGCUCCUUCACUACUACGACACAAAGUUUAACAAGACCUUGGUAGAUAACCGGACGGUGCACAUAACCCUAAUAGUUGCGCGGGUACUUGUCUCGAUAGCUUUCUUGUAUAUCGUGCACUAUGAGCCGGCGCAAGAUACUUUGUGUCUCCAUGUUACAAAUGUCGGUCGUGCUAGGCUUUCAGACUUGGCUGGAUUGGCAAAAGGACGAUAG